UCAGUCAUCACGCAUCAUGUACACUGAACUACAGUGGCCUGUAUGGCUUAGCCGUAGCUACAUAGUGACAGACACAGCUGGCUGGUUGGUACAGUCCUAUAGCUGUCGGCUGCUCGAUACAUGACCACAGUAAGGCUCGGUUCGCCGUCGUGCAAUGGGCUAACCUAUAGGUUAUUGUUAAACCGGGACGGUGCCUUCAGAUCCAACGAGAAGAGAAUGACUACUCUCAUUUGUGGACUUACUCUUGUCCGACAUGGAGAAACCAGCUAUAACAGAAAGGGUAUUUUACAAGGUCAAGCGAUAGACUCACCUCUGUCUAAUAUUGGAUUUAAACAGGCAGACGCUGCAGGACUCUACCUUAAGGACGUCAAGUUCAGCAAUGUUUAUGUGAGCGAUAUGUUACGAGCACGUCAGACCGCAGAAUCCAUAUUGAAACAUAACUGUAGCUGUUCAGCUUCACAAAUAAAUUGUGACUCUUUACUCAAAGAAAAGAGUUUUGGAAUAGCAGAGGGACAACAAGUGAAGGAAGUUAAGGAACUGGCCAAAGCAGCGGGUCAGUCUUUUCUAGACUUCACUCCUCCAGGGGGAGAGACUGGAGAACAGGUCAAGGAGCGUUUCAAAGCUUUUUGGGACAAACUGCUCCAGCAGAUUGGGCAGGAGCACUGGGAGACACAUGGAGGAAAGAGUGGCUCCUCUGUAGCACCGAUACAGGCUCCUGUGGAGGGGAGGGCCCACGAUGGCCUUCAGGACGCCCCUGUCCAUGUGCUUGUUGUGACUCAUGGAGCUUAUAUGCGUGAGGCUGUCAAGUAUUUUAUGGAAAACUUAAAUUGUUCCAUUCCUCAGGUUUUGAACAAAUCACAUAUGUUGUCUUUGAGUCCUAACACCGGCUUGUGUCGUUUUAUAGUUUCACUUGAGAAAGAGAAGGACUCGUUCAGACAAACACAGAUCCACUGUGUUUUCAUGCACAGAGCAGAUCAUCUUCAGCCCUUAGGGGAAUGACUAAAAUACAGUUUAUACAUGUGACAACAACAUACACAAACCUAUACUUUUAAUAUAGAAGGACAGAUCAAGUGAUGUGUUGUCAUAGGGCUUUGGUAAAAGUUAUGGCUUUAUCACUUUGCAGAGUGUAGUUGCUCAUUAUAGUAAAUAGGAAAAGUCCUGUUAACUAAUGAGUUUCAGAGCUUCUAUAUUUAUCCUUCCAGUGUUUGGAUUUGCGUAGGAGUAAAAGCUAAAACUGUUCCUGUGUUGACCUCUAGGAAAUAAGUGACUCUGUCAUUGUUGUGAAUUAACACUUGGGUCAACAGAGAAAACCACAUACAGACGUCAUGUGAUGAAACUGCAUCCCUCCAACAUCAACGAUCAUGACAAAGCAAAAUUAUAUCUUUUUAUCUCUCUGCUUUGGUUUAUUGGUAAAUCAUUUUCUCAGAUGACUUGUGUCACAUGUGUACUUUCACAAAUUACAUAAAUAAAUGUCACUGUGUAUUCCUUUUGUAUAGUGUUAUAUAGUAUUGGGUAUGACCAUGAUAAAGACAGCUUGUCUUGAGUCAGGCCUUUUGUGUUGAGUCAGACAGGUAAUCUUCAAACAGUUGUGGAUUUUCAUUUAUUUGUUUAUACAAAAUGUAGGACAAUAAAAUAUAUAAAUAAUAAUUGAGGACAAUAAUAAAUAAAUACUACUUCA